AUGGCGAGUUUCAUUCAGCAUCCUCUGACCACCGGAUGGUUCUUCAAGGAUAGCGACGAACAGGCAUCUGAUGCUUGGAUGUCCGUUUCUAGCGUGCCGUCUGUCGUUCAUCAGGACUUACAGGCAAAUGGAAGAUUGCAAGACCCUUACAUUGGCUUCAAUGAGCUCGAGGCAAGAUGGGUCAAUGAGAAGUCAUGGUCUUACAGAAAUGUAUUUCAGAAGCCGACCGUCCCUGCUGGAUCCAGGGUCGUUCUGGCGUUCGACGGCUUGGAUACUUUUGCUACGGUGAGACUGGACGAUAAGAUCAUUCUCGAGAGCAACAACAUGUUCCUAGCUCAUCGCGUUGACGUCACCGAAGCCCUGGAGGUCGAGGGUGAUCAUGUGCUUCUCAUCGACUUUGAUUGUGCCAUGCUGCGAGCCAAGGAGCUCCGAGAGCAGGACCCCAAGCACAACUGGGCUUCCUUCAACGGCGAUCCGGCCCGACUAGCCGUUCGUAAGGCUCAGUAUCACUGGGGCUGGGACUGGGGCCCAGUGCUGAUGACUGCGGGCAUCUGGCGAGACGUUCGGCUGGAAGUAUACUCGGCAAGAAUCGCGGACCUCUGGACGGACGUAGAUCUUGCUGCGAAUCAUCGGCAUGCGCAGGUUGAUGCCUACGCCGAGAUUGAUGCCACAGAUAACUCUUCCUUCCGAGCCAUCUUCACCUUGAGUAAAGAUGGUAAGGAGAUUGCUCGGCAGGUCACCACUCCCGACAACAAGGUCGCCAAAGUGACAUUCGAAAUCGAUCAACCAAGCCUCUGGUGGCCAAAUGGUUACGGAGACCCAAAUCUGUACGAGGUCUCCGUUUUCUUGGAGAAGGAUCAGAUUGAACUGCAUCAUGUCUCGAAAAAGAUUGGCAUAAGAACGGCAGAGGUCGUUCAGCGGCCAGACAAGCACGGCAAGUCGUUCUUCUUCCGAAUCAACGGAGUCGACGUCUUUUGUGGUGGCUCGUGCUGGAUCCCCGCAGACAACCUCUUGCCCAGCAUUACCCGUGAGCGCUAUCGGAGCUGGAUUGAACUUAUGGUCACUGGUCGCCAAGUUAUGAUUCGGGUUUGGGGCGGCGGUAUCUACGAAGACAACAAUUUCUAUGAAGCAUGCGACGAACUUGGUGUGCUUGUAUGGCAGGACUUCAUGUUCGGCUGUGGCAACUACCCGACCUGGCCCGAGCUGCUUGAGUCGAUCGAAAAAGAAGCCGCCUAUAAUGUGCGCCGGCUGCGACAUCAUCCGUCUAUUGUGCUUUAUGCUGGAAAUAACGAGGACUACCAAGUACAAGAGUCGGCAGGUCUGACCUAUGACUUCGAGGACAAGAACCCUGAGAAUUGGCUGAAGACGGACUUUCCAGCUCGGUACAUAUACGAGAAACUGCUUCCAGAGGUGAUGGAUAAACACUCUCCACGGACAUUCUACCAUCCCGGAAGCCCAUGGGGAGAUGGCAAGAAAACGUCCGAUCCGACAGUAGGCGACAUGCAUCAGUGGAAUGUCUGGCAUGGAACGCAAGAAAAGUACCAGAUCUUCGAUACCCUCGGCGGACGAUUCAACAGUGAGUUCGGCAUGGAGGCAUUCCCUCACCUAUCUACCAUCAACCACUUCGUCGAGCACGAGAAAGACAAGUACCCGCAGUCGCACGUCCUCGACUUCCACAACAAAGCUGACGGACAUGAGCGGCGUAUUGCUACAUACCUGGUGGAAAACCUGAAGACAGCUACAGACUUGGAGACCUACACCUAUCUCACGCAAGUUGUCCAAGCUGAGACCAUGAUGUUCGGGUACCGAGGGUGGCGUCGGCAGUGGGGCGAUGAGAGACACUGCGGCGGUGCUCUGCUCUGGCAACUCAACGAUUGCUGGCCGACUAUCUCAUGGGCUAUUGUGGACUACUUCCUGCGACCCAAGCCAGCAUUCUACGCUGUGGCACGCGUAUUGGCUCCGUUGGCUGUGGGCGUCCGACGCGAACAUCAUGAUUGGAGCGUUACGCAUGCCCAGCCUCCGAAGACGAGCAAGUUUGAGCUCUGGGUUGUUAGCUCUGCUCAAGAGGAAAGGACAGGAACGGUGGAACUCAGAUUCCUCUCCAUCAACGAUGGUCAGGAGGUUAGGGAAAAGGUGGUCCACGAGAACAUCACUAUCCAGCCGAAUGGCACCACUAAUCUUAUCGUGGACGGUUUGAUUGAUUAUAAGGAGUAUCCCGAGCCACACGUGCUGGCUGCCCGCUUGUGGGUCGACGGGCAGAUUGUCGCAAGGGAUGUGGACUGGCCUCAGCCGUUCAAGUACCUCGAUUUCUCGGAACGGGGGCUUGUGGUGGAGAAGAUCUCUGAGACAGCUGAGAAGCAGACGUUGAAGAUCAGCGCGCAGAAGCCGGUGAAAUGCUUGGUGUUUGAAGAGCGGGAUGGGGUCAAGAUCAGCGACAGCGCGAUGGACAUUAUACCCGGUGAUGAUCAGACUGUCACGGUCCGGGGGUUGAAGGGGGGUGACUCGCUGAAGUACAAGUAUCUUGAUCACUGAUGAUGAUUGUGCA